AUGGUUAUGGGCCGCCUUCGAACGAUGUGGUCGCAGGUGCAGAUAACCAUGGGGGAAACGGUGACCGUCCUCCAGGAGAACCUGGUCGGCAUGCACGUCGUCAAGGCCUUUGCCUCUGAGGAAUACGAAAAGCGCAAGUACGACCGCAAGGCCCGUCAGCUGCGCUACGAAUACUUCUUGUCCGAGCGGACACAGGGCACCAAUAGUGCGUGGAUGUCCUUUUACUUCACCGUGGCGUUGGGCCUGAUCCUCUGGUACGGCGGUUGGGAGGUUCUGCGGGGAGACCUGUCCCCGGGGCAGUUGGGCAUGUUCAUGUUGUUCCUGAACCAGUUAACCUUUCCCGUCCGAAUGGCUGGAUUCAUAAUCAACAGUUUCUCUCGUGCCAUCUCGUCGGGCCGCCGCCUCUUCGAUGUGUUGGAUUCAAGUUCGCCGGUGUCAGAGCGGGAAAACGCCAUCGAGUUGGAACGGGCCCAGGGAACGGUGCGCUUCGAGAACGUGUCUUUCAGCUACGACCCGAGCGUCCCGGCUUUGCGCAACGUGGACAUCGAAGCGAAGCGCAAUCGGGUCGUCGCCAUCCUUGGCGCACCGGGCAGCGGCAAAAGCACAAUCGUAAACCUGCUCCCCCGCUUCUACGAGGUGGACGAUGGGCGGAUCACAAUCGACGGCACCGACAUUCGGGACGUAACCUUGGAAUCGCUCCGGCAAAACGUGGGGAUAGUGCAGCAGGACGUGUUCCUAUUCAGCGCUACGAUUCGGGAGAACAUCGCCUACGGCGCCACCGACGCCACAUUGGAAGACGUCAUCAUGGCUGCCAAGGUUGCCCAGCUUCACGACCACAUCAUUUCCUUGCCCGGCGGGUACGACACGUGGGUCGGAGAGCGUGGCACCACAUUGUCCGGUGGACAACGGCAACGGCUCUCAAUAGCCAGAAGCGUUCUGAUCGACCCGCCGAUUCUGAUUCUGGACGAUUCCACCUCCAGCGUGGACGUUGAAACGGAGCGUCUGAUCCAUGCUGCAAUGGUGGCCGUGAUGAAGGGUCGCACCACCUUUGUUAUCGCUCACCGCCUCAGCACGGUGCGAGAUGCCGACCACAUUAUCGUUCUCGACCGAGGACGCAUAGUCGAACAGGGUUCCCACGAACAGUUGGACGCGGUCGGUGGCAUCUACCACGAGAUACUGGAACUUCAACUUCGCCCUCAGGAGGAGAUGAUGCUGGACGUUGCCCUGACCUCCGAAACCACCGUGGGGCGUGCAUAG